AUGUCAGCGUCCGCCAGCCUAGGCGACUCUUCUCACUCCCCUCGCGCCUCGCGUUCCCCCGUCCAGUCGCCGUCGCCGCGGCACCCCAACGGAAGCAGCACCCGCUCUCACAAAGACACCGCCACGCAAGCCAAUUCCACCCAUCAGAGCUUCGGACUCCUCCCGCCUUGCCUCAACUGCGCCGCCACUGGCCCCUGCGGCUGCCGAGCCGCCGCCGCCACCGCCGCAGCAGCCGCCGCAGCCGCCGCAUCUGCCAGCUCCUCUUAUGCCCUUAACGCGUAUGGCGCAUUUGCGGCAACAGGCCUACCUCCGGGGAAGGUGUUUAUCCUGCCGAAGAAGCUCGGCGGAAGGGGUCCGGGGACGGGUCGGCGGGCGUGCGGAUGCCCUGCGCGGAUGUGCAAGUGCGGCGCAUUUCCGCCCAAGCCGCCGCACGCGAAGAAACCCAAGGGGAAAGGCCCGGGCACGGGGCGCAGGGCCUGCGGUUGCCCCUCCAGGCGCUGUGUUUGCGGCGCCGCGGCUUUAGUAGCUCUGCCGUUCAUGCACGUUCCCGGUAUGGCGCUGGGGUCUUUAAAGCCCGAGGCUCAGUUGAUGGUGCAGCAGCUCGCGAAGUCCGCGCUUGCGCACCAGGCCAGCCUCCCCGCGCACGCCGCCGCCGCCGCAGCAGCCGCCGCGGCCGCGGCCGCCGCCUCUGCUGUUUUUCCAGCGUCUGACACUAAUCUGGCCGUUGCUGGUGCUGCCACGUCUCCUGCAGGAGCCGGCGCUAGUUGCGGCGUGAACUGCGGCCCUGCGCGCCGGGGGGGACAGGCUGGAUGGGAGGAAACUUCGCAUCCCGAGCCCGAAACCAGUCGCUCGCACAACCAGUCGCAGGGUCCGUCGCAGAGCCAGUCGCCGAGCCAGUCGCGCAGCCGAUCGCACAGCCAAUCGCAGGGUCCGUCGCAGAGCCGGUCGCAAGGCAGCGAAGGAGACGCAGACUGCGCGAAGCACGCAGUGUCGCACGGCGAGGAAGGCCAGACUACAGCCGAUUUCGCUGCUGUCGGUGCUCGUGCUCGUGCUCGUGCCUCUGCUGCUGGUGCUGGUGCGGGAGUAGGCGAUUCGUUCGAGGUCUCGAGCUUCAAAACGGGGGGGUUUGUGGUGGACAGCGCGGGCGUGAAGCGCAAGAGGCGCAGCCCGCGCAAGGUGUCGUGCGCGGGGGAGAUCGCGAGAGUCAAGUGUAUGGUGCUGCGGGAGCUGGCAACGAUCCGCAAGAUGCGGUGGGGUGACAAGGAGGCCGCGUGCCGUGACGCGUCCAACGUCUUCGACAACUCGCGAUUGUCGGGCGGCAAGGCCGCGCGGAAGGCGGCGGUUCACGCGGCGCUGGUCGCGCGGGAGCUGGUGGAGAAGCUGUCGCUCUACUGCCGCGCGCGCAGCCAGUGCAGCCAGUGCGCCGAUGACCAUCCCGCGGAGACGAUCCUGGGACCGGCGCGCAACGGCCACGGCAACGGCAACGUCAACGGCAACGGCAAUGGUUAUAGCAACGGCGAUAGCGGCAGGGCCGGGUGCAAGCAUCAUGGCACGAGGAACAAAUCAGAGGAGGCGGAGGAGGCCGGCAGUCAUCACGGGCACCACAGCUCUAGCAGCUCUCUUUCAUCCUCUCCUCAAGCAGCUUUCCAGGGCUGGUCCAUCCGGUGCAAGCACAAGGCUUCUGCCCCUGCACCUGCACCUGCCACCCGUCCCAUGCCAUCCACGUCAGCCUCCGCAUCAGGAGAGCCCCCCAAAGUCUCCCACGAGCCGCUGCUGCUCUGUUCCGGGAUGUGCGGCCGCUACUUCCACGUGUCAUGCAUCCAACCUCGCCACGUCAUCACGUCAUCAGGCCCCCGGUCGCCGCCCCUGCCGCGCCGAGCUCCCCCUCCGGCUCUGCUAUUUCCAGACGACGCUGCGGCCUCGGCUGCUGCUUCUCACCCUGCCGCUGCCUCUCCUGCUGCCGUCACCGCUUCUGCCACCGCCACUGCUGCUGCUCUUGCUACGGCGACUGCCCGUUCCCUGUGCUGGCGGUGUCCGUCGUGCGAGGCAUUAGAGGAGUGUUCCGCAGCCAUUCACGCGCUCCUAUCAGGCCCUGCUGCUGCUGUGGAUGGCAGCGCUCACGUCGCCCAGAUUAAGGAAGCUCUACUGGCGGCUCUCCACUGCAUACCCUCUCCGCCUCCGUCCACAAGCACGCAAGUUUCGAGGGAGCAGAGUGUUGCCGCAGCUUUUGCUGUGGUGCAAGGCGGAGCGGAGGGCAAGGAGGAGGAGGAAGAGGAGGAGCGGGAGGGCGGGGACGAUGGGAACAAACGCUGUAUGGAUGCCGACGCUGCUGCUGACGAUGGUGAUGAUGAUAGGGCUGAUGAUGUGCAAGUGGAGGAGGAGGAUGAUGGUGAUGAGGAGGAGGAGGAGGAGGAGGAGGAGGAGGAUGUGAAUGCGGGCGACGUUUUGGAAGAGGACGAUGAGGGUGUGAAGCACGAGGGCGAGGAAGCCAGGAGCGAUGAUGAGGGUGCUCUGUGCCACGACUUGGAGGAUCAGAUGAUGACCCAUACGAGGCGAGUGCGGCGACGCGUGCUCAUCGAGGAGGAGGGAGAGGGAGAAGAAGAUGAGGAGGAGGAGAUGGGGGAAGAUGGAGUGGGAGCGGGAGAGGGAGAGGGAGACGAGGAGGAGCAGGAGAUGGGGGAGGGUGCCGUGAGGGGAAGGGAUGGUUACUACACCCGAUGUGCCUCUGUGGAUCCAGAUGUCUUCCCGUCUCCUUGCUUUGGAAGCACAUCAGCCAUGGUGCAAAACGUCAGCACUCCGUGCACUCAAAACGUCAGCACGCCAGCCAGCCACUACCAGCAUUCUUCUUACACAGCAGCCCCCUCAGGCAUCCCCUCCCCGUCCUGGCUGUCUCUCAACGGCUCUCCUUUCAAGCCGCUCGCCUCAAUCGCUCUCUCCUCGUCACCCGCUCCCACUGGAAGAGAUGCUGUAACUGAGGGUAAGGGUAAGGGCGAGCUGACACUCAGUCCGAGACUGGAAGCACAGAAGCCUGCUGCAGAAGCCACUGCUGCUGCUGGGUCCAGUCUUCUUGGAGGUGGCAUGGCAGGCAGCAGCAGCAUGACCACCAUGCCCUGUGCGCCCUGCACGCCUCAGCCCACCACCACCAUGCACGCUCACAUGCAGCUGCUGAGACGACCCACGCUCAACCCCACCAUCACCCCCACCUCCGCCACCACCACCACCACUACUCUCGCGUGCAUGGACAUAGAUUUCAAGGAGGAGCAAGAGCAGGGGCAGCAGGAGCAAGAGCUGGAGCAGCAGGAAGAUAAGGCUGCGUACACUACAUACAGCAAGGCGUCAGCAAGGCAGGAGGAAAUGGUUGUAAGAUCGCCCAAGGCGCUCACUUGUCCGGUGACCCCUCAGCAAGGGGCGUGCACGCGCUAUCUCCAUGUUUCCUCCACCCCUUCACCAUGCUCGCCUCCCAUCGGACCCGCCCCUUCGAGGUGUUCCGGGCCUGUAGGGUCGGGCAGGAGCUUCGGCGUGCAGCUGCUGCGGCUGCCCGACAUCUCGCUCGCUGAUGUUGUGGCAUCGACCCCUGCGGCGGCUGCUGGUACUCCUGUCACGAAGCAGUGGACAAGCGGUGCUGCUUCCGCCUCUGCUUCGACGUGUGUUUCGCCGUCUGCUGCUGCUGCUGCUGCUGCUGGUGCUGCUGCGACUCCCGGUGCCCCAGCAUCUGGCCGCGCCCCACUGGGUAUCUCUGUGAGUCACCUCCUGCAGCACAAGGUGGAGGAGGAGGAGGAAGUGGAUGAAGAGGAAGACCAAGAGAUGGUGGAGAAAGAGGAGGUGGACGAGGACGAGGAAGAAGAAGAGGGGGAGGAGGCCGGCACUCCCCGGCUAGCAGCAACGGCCAGUGGCAGCAGCCCAUGCACAAGCACGGGAUCGCCCCUGGCUCCAUCUCCCAUGGGAGGCGCUGCUGGCAGUGGGAGGAGGAACAGGAGGAAGGCGUUCAAGCCCCGAAGCUCCGCACUUCCAGAG